GGGAGUUGAUGUUGAAGGAUUGGAGACGGGCGAAGGAAGACAUAAAAGCUUCCCGCUUCCAGUUUCAAACAUGGAUCCAUAGAACAAUCGCCCACCAUUCUCUCCCUCACCUCCAAGCUCUUACACAUCUCUUCCCGCCGUCCCCUCCGUCUCACCACCGCAACACGCACAAUGGUAACCUGGACGCGCCUCAUCCGCUUCGUCAGCGCCACCGACGGAAAGACCUACAACGGAGAGCCCAUCGUCAACGGCGCUGAGGUCGACGUAGCGAAGCUUUUCAAAGCUGGCUCGCUCCAGGCACGCAUCAUCACGGGCGACGAUAUAUUUUCCGAUGAUGCGAAGAUCGCCGACGAGGCUGUUGAUGUGAAGGAACUCCUCGGCCCCCUCACCGAGGAGCAGGUUCCGAUCAUCAGAUGUGUCGGAUUGAACUACAUGAAGCACAUCCAGGAAGCCGGCCGCACACCACCGCCGUACCCCAGCAUCUUCAUCAAGCCGUCGACGUCCGUCGGCGGCUGGGGCGAAGAAAUUCCAAUCCCGAAGCUCGCACAGGACGACCAAUGCGACUACGAAGGCGAGUUGACCAUCGUGAUCGGCAAAGACGGCAAAAACAUCCCCGAGGACCGCGUGCAUGAGUACAUCGCCGGCUAUGUCACCAGCAACGACGUGUCGGCGCGCAAGUGGCAGCGCGAGAAGGCGUAUGCCGGCGGCGUCCCGCAGUUCUGCUUCUCCAAGGGAUUCGAUAAAUACGCGCCCCUCGGGCCCGCUAUCGUCGCCGGCCCUACCGUCGGCGACGCCGGUGAACUCCGCUUGACUACCAAGGUCAAUGGUGAACUCAGGCAGGAUACCAAUACCAACGAUCUCAUCUUCAACAUCCCGCGGAUUAUUGCGUUCAUCUCGCAGGGAACCACACUGAAGAAGGGCAGUCUGAUCAUGACUGGUACCCCGAGUGGUGUGGGAAUGGGCAUGAGCCCGCCGCAGUAUCUGAAGGAUGGGGACGUUGUCGAGAUCGAGAUUGAGAAGCUGGGCACUUUGUAUAAUACCAUCAAGUUCGAGUAGAGGGUCGAAGUUUGGGUAGAUUGGGUUUUGGAAUAUACGG